UGGCGGCCCCCAUGAACGAGAGUUCAUGCGUUUUCGUUAUUGCUGAAUGCGGGUAUAUUUCUCCUAUGUAGCAAUCAGCGCUGACUACGGACGGUCGUUAUCUCGUCGGCUCAUCUAAAUGCUUUUAUGCACUUUGUUUUAAUUCAUUACAAAUGUUUUUGUUCGAUCAUGCAGGGAACCUUUUCGUGGAUAUCGAGUUGACGAAAAUGCAUCACGAUCAGAUGGUGUAAACAACACCACAGUAGACGGCUAUUGCAGUGACCAUGUAUUUUAUGCUUUUACGUGCAAUUACACAGGUUUGACCAGCUGUGACUUCCGGGAUAACAGCUGAUAAUCAACAAUGAAAUACAUUAAAAUGCAGACUCAGAAUAUGUGCGCCUUGUUCAUUGUUUUGAUGCUGAAGUUUGCUUCAGGUGAAACUCUCAAAGGUCAUCAUCAGCCUUUGGGCUCUCACACAUCUCCUCGUGGUGUGACUUUCAUAGGCAAAUUCUCAUCACCAGGUGUGUUUUAUGAAAAUUUUGUAAAGGAAAGUCAACCAUUAUUAAUGAAGUCACCCCUCCUGGACAAUCCUUUCCCAGCAUUUGAAAAAUGGACUGAUGGUUAUCUUCGGGAGGAAUACGGGAGUGAGGUGGUGUCAGUGGAACAGUCUAAAAAGGAAAAGAGGAACAAGCCCACAUCCACCAUGACCCUCCAUGAGUUCCUAGAUCUCUAUCAGAAGAAGAAUGUCUACUUGGUUCAGUCACUUCCCAGCAGCAUGAAAGAUGAUGUCCACCUUCCCAUCACCCUUCAGUGUGGGGGAAUCCAGCAUGUGCUGCAGGACACAGUUCUGUGGAUGAGCAGUGGCGGCACCAAGUCCGUUCUACACAGCGACAAACUGGACAAUCUGCUGUGUGUGCUCAGUGGAACCAAGGAUGUCAUCCUCAUUGAUAAGGUUCACAAGUCGGAUGUGGAGGCACACGGGUUUGUUCAGGAAGGGACGUACAGCACAGUGGACGUGGACAGUGUCAACUUGAUGCAGUUCCCCAGACUGAAGGCCGUACCCUGGCAUCGAGCACAUCUUCAGGCUGGAGACUGCAUAUAUAUACCUUAUAAAUGGUACCAUCAGGUCAACUCUUUUGGUGGGGAAAAGAAUCGCAAUGUGGCUGUCAACUACUGGUUCUCACAUCGGUGGUGGCACAACGCCACAGACUGUCGACAGUUCCAACAACUCAACGUAACAGAACCACUUUCCAAGUUCAAAUUAGCAUCAACCAAUGAACAAAUUAGGAGCCAUAUACUGGAGCCCCUCAGUGAGAUGGACAGCAUCAGCAAGGCUGACUUUGUGUCUGUGUUCCUAGCUGGAGCAGCUCCAGCAGAGGAGUUUUUCCAUUACAUCGCCAAGGAGGAAACAGCUGAGGUCCUAUCAUGGGCACAGCUCUAUACCUUUGACAUUGAUGAGGCUGUCAUGAAGUUUCCAGAGUUGUUCGCUGCAGGCGUGAAACUUCAAGAGGAGAAUAUUCACAAAAAGAAACCUCGUAAAGAACCAAUAAUAGUCCAGGGUGACUUUCCCGAGAGAUCAGAUCGUACUAUCAAUAUCCCCAUGAUAACUCCGGAUGACGAGGAGUUUGAGAAAAUGUUAGAGGACGUCGCCAAACAUGGAGGCUCAGCUAAUAUAAACCCAGCUGACAAAAGACCUGUCAUUGAUGAUGUCAAGGUCAAGGUCACUAGUAAGAAACAGCAGCAGGACAGGAAACCUGACAGUGAAAAUGAAAAAACGUCUAGUCAUAAGCAUGAUGAGUUUUGAUGAACUUCAGGAAAGAGUGGAGAUUUUGUUAUAUAUUCUACUCAAGAGAAGUUAAAGAGCUCUUCAUUCUUUCAUAUUACGACAGUUAGGCCAAAUAAAAAAAUGUUGUGGUUCCGAUUACACCUCUUUAAAAUUUAGGGUAGGUAGGUAGUAAUUCUUAUAUUUUAUAUCUUUUUUAGAAAUUAAAGUA